UAGACCUACCUAAAGACGAUGAUAUUGGUCGUAAUGCAGGGUUUAUCAAAAGGAUGGAAUGGGGUGAUGGCAAACUGUUCAGGAAGGUGAAGCCUAAUUGUAUCGAUCCUCAUGUUGUUAUGAGAGAAUGUGAAUCUUGGGGUGUUAAUGUCCAAACAGUAUGUACAGUACCUGUCUUAUUUAAUUAUCAUUUGGAUCCAACAUCUGGUAUAGAAUGGAGUAGAUUCCUUAAUGAUUCCCUUGCUGGACAAGUAGGAAUGUAUCCUAGAAGGAUGGUUGCUUUAGGUACCUUACCAUUACAGCAUCCAGAAGAGGCUGCUAAAGAGAUGAAAAGAGCUGUUAUGGAGAAGGGUAUGAGAGGCUUCCAGAUAGGAAGUCAUAUUAACUCAUGGACUCCAAAGGGAGGGAUAGAGAAUAUAAUGCUUAAUGAUAAGAGGCUCAUGCCAAUAUGGCAUACUGCCAAGUGA